AUGCUAUAACUACAUAGAAUUAGAGCAUCUUCAGUUUAAGAACAAGGAGAACAAAGAGCGAAACUUCCAAAUAUACUUACACCUACAUUUGCUGAUUGGAAAAUUAUAAGUGACUCUAGGGCUCACCCUAAAAUAAGCAGGAGGAAUCCUCUUUUUAAAUUUGGUUUGAUCCCACCAAAAAAGGUGGCCACUCCUUCAUCGUCUGCUCAUCAGAAUCCCCAAGAUUUUAGAGGACUUAAGUCAGAAGAACAAAGCCAAAGAUUAAAAGAAAAUAUUGUUGAAGAUAGAAUAAGCACAACAGAAACAAAUACUGUUUAAUAAUUCGAGUUAGAUAAAAAAUAUAUGUAAUUGCGAAAUAGAUCUGUUAGCGGAUCAAAAUAAACGAAUCAAAUUCUACUUGAAUGCAAAUAGUUAUUUGACAAUCAAAAAAAAGCAUUUGAGGAAAUAUUGAAAUCAAACAAUUUAUAUAAUAAAUAUUCUAGAGUAAUAGAUAAGGAAUAAUCAAUAACAAAUCAGAAAAUUAUGUAAAUUUUUAACUUAUAUAAAUGA